AACCCUGACGUCCGUCCCUUCCUCGGGUUCCUCUGAUAGGACAGGACAGGAGACUGUUGACCGGCUCACCCCGGGGGGGUGUCCAUCGUGUCUUCAUGGUUUGGGUUUAAACUACUAGCGCUACUGCCGCUGGUCCUCAGGUGCGUCCACGCUGUGUCACCGGUGGGUUUCUGGGUGGGUUUGACUCGUCCCUGCCAGAGGAACGGGGGGAUGCUGCGCUCCUUUCUUCCCUCCUCUAAAAUCCUGGGAUGGCUCCUCGAGCAACAAGCGGCGGCGGCGGCGGCCGCGGAGUGCGGCAGCAGCUCUGCGCACACCUCAGAGGGAUGAUGCGCUGCUGAGUCCGUGGUUCCGAGGUCUGGGCUCCACCUGCGGGAUUACAGCAGCCCAACACCCUGACUGGGUUUUACUCCGAGCUCAGAGGAGAACGAGGAGGAGGAGGAGGAGGAGGCGGGAGUGAAUGAAUGAACGGCUGGAUUCUUCAAACAAGCCCGAAGUGCCUGGAGACUCGUGGAGCUUCUGCGUUUUUUCCCGGUCGGAGCGUGACUGAAGUGUCGGAGGGGAGGGAGCGGAACCAGCCAUGGACCCCCAACUCAAACCCGCUCUCUGGUUCCGGGUGCUGUGGAUGAUCCAGGCUCUUCUGGACCUGGCAGGCUCUCAGGAGAUUUACGCGCCGCACUCGAUCCGUGUGGAGGGCGACGUGACGCUGGGGGGGCUUUUCCCGGUGCACGCCAGGGGGGUUCCGGGGAUGCCGUGCGGGGAUAUCAAGAAGGAGAACGGCAUCCACCGGCUGGAGGCGAUGAUGUACGCCCUGGACCAGAUCAACGGCGAUGACGAGCUGCUGCCCAACGUCACCCUGGGCGCCCGCGUCCUGGACACCUGCUCCCGGGACACGUACGCGCUGGAGCAGUCUCUGACUUUCGUCCAGGCGCUGAUCCAGAAGGACACCUCGGAUGUCAGGUGCACUAACGGAGAGCCGCCAGUGUUCGUUAAGCCCGAGAAAGUUGUGGGGGUGAUAGGAGCGUCGGCCAGCUCGGUGUCCAUCAUGGUGGCCAACAUCCUGCGACUCUUCCAGAUCCCUCAGAUCAGCUAUGCAUCCACGGCCCCAGAGCUGAGCGACGACCGCCGCUACGACUUCUUCUCUCGGGUCGUCCCCCCGGACAGCUUCCAGGCCCAGGCCAUGGUGGACAUCGUCAAGACCAUGGGCUGGAACUACGUCUCCACCGUGGCCUCGGAGGGCAGCUACGGGGAGAAAGGAGUGGACGCCUUCAUGCAGCUCUCCAGGGAAGCAGGUGGAAUCUGUAUCGCUCAGUCCCUGAAGAUCCCUCACGACCACAGAACCUCCGACUUCGACAAAAUCAUCCGUCUGCUGUUGGACACUCGCUACGCCCGGGCGGUCAUCCUGUUCGCCUCCGACGAAGACAUCAGGGGGAUCCUGAACGCCAGCAAACGAGCCGAGCAGGUCGGCCAUUUCCUGUGGAUCGGCUCCGACAGCUGGGGGGCCAAGAACAGCCCCAUCCACCAGCUGGAGGACGCUGCUGUCGGGGCCAUCACCAUCCUGCCCAAGAGGGCCACCAUCAGCGGGUUCGAUGCGUACUUCACGUCACGAACUCUGGAGAACAACAGGAGGAACGUGUGGUUUGCUGAGUACUGGGAGGAGAACUUCAACUGCAAACUGAUGAGCUCCUCCAAGAAAGAUGAGAGCAGCAGGAAGUGCACAGGUCAGGAGAGAAUCGGCAUCGACUCCAAGUACGAGCAGGAGGGUAAGGUCCAGUUUGUGAUCGACGCGGUGUACGCCAUGGCCCAUGCCCUCCACAACAUGCAGAGGGAUCUGUGUCCGGAGAACUCUGGCAUCUGCCCCGACAUGGACCUGGCCGGAGGGAAGAAGCUGCUCAAGUACAUUCGCAGUGUCAGCUUCAACGGAAGUGCUGGGACCGCGGUGACGUUCAACCGGAACGGCGACGCCCCGGGACGCUACGAUCUGUUCCAGUACCAGUGGAGCAACGUGACAGGACCAGGAUACCGGGUCAUUGGACAGUGGACCGAGACCCUGCAACUCAACGUGGAGGACAUGCAGUGGCCGAGGGGUGAGCAGGAGAUUCCCAUCUCCGUGUGCAGUCUCCCCUGUAAAGCUGGUGAGAGGAAGAAGGUGGUGAAGGGCAUGCCCUGCUGCUGGCACUGCGAGCCCUGCGACGGCUACCAGUACCAGCCCGACGAGUUCAACUGCAAACUCUGCUCCUACAACAUGCGACCCAGCGCCAACCGCUCGUCCUGCCAACCCAUACCCAUCAUAAAGCUGGAGUGGCACUCGCCCUGGGCCGUCAUCCCGGUUUUCCUGGCCAUGCUUGGGAUUAUCGCCACGAUCUUCGUCAUGGCUACGUUCGUCCGGUACAACGACACGCCGAUCGUGCGGGCGUCCGGCCGCGAGCUGAGCUACGUUCUCCUGACGGGGAUCUUUCUCUGCUACAUCAUCACAUUCCUCAUGAUCGCCAAGCCGGAUGUUGGCGUGUGCUCGUUCAGAAGGAUUUUCCUGGGGUUGGGUAUGUGCAUCAGCUACGCCGCACUGCUCACCAAAACCAACCGCAUCUACCGGAUCUUCGAGCAGGGCAAGAAGUCGGUGACAGCGCCCAGGCUGAUCAGUCCCACUUCACAGCUGGCUAUCACCUCCAGCCUCAUCUCCGUCCAGCUGCUGGGGGUGUUGAUCUGGUUUGGGGUGGAUCCUCCCAACACCAUCAUAGACUAUGACGAGCAGAAAACCAUCAACCCCGACCUGGCGCGAGGGGUGUUGAAAUGUGACAUCACAGAUCUGCAGAUCAUCUGUUCGCUGGGUUACAGUAUCUUACUGAUGGUGACCUGUACUGUUUAUGCCAUAAAGACCCGUGGGGUCCCGGAGAACUUUAACGAGGCCAAACCCAUCGGCUUCACCAUGUACACCACCUGCAUCGUGUGGCUGGCAUUUAUCCCCAUCUUCUUCGGCACGGCGCAGUCUGCAGAGAAGUUGUACAUCCAGACGACCACGCUGACCAUCUCUAUGAACCUGAGUGCGUCCGUCGCUCUGGGGAUGCUCUACAUGCCCAAAGUCUAUGUCAUCAUCUUCCAUCCAGAGCUUAACGUGCAGAAGAGGAAACGAUCCUUCAAGGCCGUCGUCACAGCCGCCACCAUGUCGUCCAGACUCUCCCACAAAGCCAGCGACCGGCCCAACGGGGAGGCCAAGACGGAGCUGUGUGAGAACCUGGACCCCAACAGCUAAUUUCAUAAUUUAUCGGAGGUCCAGCAGCGAAGACGAAGUAUGUGAGCUACAGCGAGCUGGUGAUCUGACGCCAUCCUCCAUCAGACUCUGGUGGUUCCAGGAGAAGUCUGGUUUCAUGUCCCGCUGGCUCCAAACAGGAGAAGAAGAAAACAGUCGGAUGUUUUUUUUGUCUUCACUGCCGAACAGAGACUCUGAGACGCUGCAGCCAAGUGAAGCCUGGUGCAUCUUUCCUUCGCGGCCGGGCUCUGAUGGGGCGAGGGGACCUCAGCAUAACGUUCACUCAGCAAAAAAACAACCGAAGGUGGGACCAACAUGGCGGCUGCAGCUAACAGGGCUCCACGCUGCUGAUGUCAAACCAAGCCGCCUCCUCUCUUCUCUUAACAGACUUCCAAACUCAGCCUGUCUCUUCUUCUUUCUGCAUCGUCUCGUUUCACUUUGCUUCUCGCUUCUUGGAUGCACAUUGUUGAUUCUUUUAGGUAUCGUUUUAUUAAAGCCAUAUUCUUCACUUUGUGAUUUGGAGGGCUUUAAUCACGCUGCCACCAGUUCUGUCAUUUAAAUGUCAAGUGGCUAAAAAAAAAAUUAAAGAAAAGGAAAAAGCACAGGACCUCCUUAAAGCCCCUGAAAACGUUUCUUCCGUCAGCACUGAGGGUCAUGACGGUGCAUGUUUUCUUUCUGUUUGGGACGAUACGCAUGCUGUCACUUUUGAAACCAGGCAUCCCAAGAUGCAUUGCUGUGGCCUGAUGCAGAGCUGCAGGAUUAAAGGUUAAGUGUGUAGAGUGACACCUGGUGGUGAGGUUGUGGAUUGCAGUAUUAGUCUGUAGGACGGCGAAGGGCUCAAUCUAAACACAACACACACAAAAAUAAAACAGCAGCUACUUUUUUUUUUUUUUUUUUACAGAGGUUUCAGCCUCUGACCCUGACUCCAAUGAACAUUUUGAGACGUGAAAACCAAUACCUUUGAAUUAUUUCAAACUGAAAUGAUUCAUUGAGGAAAUCACCAGAAUGUGUUGCAGUGAUUCUCAGGCAUGUUCUGCUUCCUCUUUUUCUAUCUGAUGGAUUUUAUUUUAAUCUCUGAAAGGUGUCAUCACACCGGAGCUAAAAAUAUGUGCAUCCCGUCUGUGUGCUCAUUAUGACUCAGUGAUUCUUGGCAGCGAGCUUCUCAACGUCAGCAGCUCAAACUAAAAUCACCAUCUUCCUGCGUGAGGAAUCCUUCAGACCUGAAGCCAGGUUUUCAGGGGCUUUAAACAUCCGGGAUCAGGAAUGGACUCAAGACCAGGUCGCUCUUGUUUUCUGGGCUUGAGAUCUGAAGCUGUUCCAUUGUUCUCAGAAGCUUGUAAAAAGUCAGAUCCGUUCCAGACCGUCAGAGAUCUGCAUUCUGUUUAUAAGUUUGUUGUUUGUGAGUCCCCACUCUUCACUGUAGUCGUCUGACGUGGUAUAAAUCUGAUUGGUCCGUUGGCCGUGAACACGGAGCCAAAAAAGAUAAAAGAAAAACGUUGUGUUUUCAAAAGCCUGUUUGAAAUGUUUGUGGUCACAUGGCGAAUGCUUUCCCAUCCCAACACGUGUGUGCACCAUGACUUCUGCAGUACUGUGUAGGUGUGAUGAUGAUGAAGAUGAUGAAGAUGGCCAGGUGAAGGGGUCUGCUCAGGCCUCUGAACGUCUGGUGAUUUCAUGAACUGCUGAUAAAUCUAGAGGUGUUGAUGUUGAGGUUGUCGAUGCAUGCCUGAUAUGUUCGAUGUUGAAAUCAGAAAAAAACGUUUCCGAUAAAGAACUCGUCUCAGUUGACUCCACCCGUCUGCUCUAAAAUGUUCCCUUCCGUUCUCUCUGGGUUCCUCUGAUUCUUUCUCACAGCAGAAUAUGGCUUUGAUUGGUUUCUUAUUUUCCUGAAAACUGUGGGGAAAAAAGAUGAAUAUAUAUUUAAUAUAUAUUUAAAAAGAAAAACAACAGACUUGUUUAAAAAAGGAAGCAUGUAUGUUUUCUACCGUUUGUACUUGGUAUAUUCAUGUUGCCCUUGCUGCUUAUGUGCCAACGUCGUGGGACAGAUUUACAUUUGGCCACUCAUGCAACUAUUCUGUGGUGUUGUCCAAGAAUGUAUCAACAUGAAAUAAAACAUUUGGUUAUUUUUUUUAUAUAUUUCCUGGAAAA